AUGGACAGCAAUUUCCCCUGCCCAAUUUGUGGAAAAAAGUUUGACACUUCUCAGAGUCUCGGCAACCAUCGACGGGGCCUUGGAGCAUGUGGACAAGGUGGAUUGCCUGAUGGCUGGCACCCACCACAACAGCUAGUGCAAGAUAGGCCAGAAGUUCCGGAGGCGGCAGCUCGCAUCGCUGCUGAUCGCCAACAGGGUCAAGCGCCCGCUGGUUCAGUGCAUCCCUUAGGCACCCCUCCUGCAGCCAGCCAGUCUUUAGAUCAACAAAGCUUCCGAUCAGACCCCCUAGACCAUGAGCCUGAACAAAACUCUGGGGCUGCAGCUGCCAAUGAUUUUGAGCUUAGCGACGAUGAAUCUAGCAGCUCCGCUUCAGAAUCCAGCUCGGACGAGGACAGAGACCCCUUCUCUGCUGCUGAAGAUGGUUUUGAGGCUCCUAGACCCUUGCUUCCUUUUGAUCCAGAAGAGUGGCUCAAGUCCCAUGAUAGGCUUGGUGGUGGGGGCGGCAACGGCCCGCACCCUGAGCCAGAUGAUGACGCUGUGCCUCGGGGAUUUAAAACCUCAGUGGAGGUUGCAAACUUCCUCACAAACAAUGGUCAGGGCAGCGGGUCUUCCAACAGCGAGGCAGACUGGCUCUUGCGCAUUCUUUUACAUCCAGACUUUAACCAAGAGGAGUGGAGGGCAGCGUUCUCAAACUCAAGAGAAUUGAGGAAGUAUCAGGACACCCCUCAUGUGGACAGCGAGGGCUUUAUUGUGGAAAACAUGAGGCUCCCUUCUGAUCACCAAGACCUUUGGUUCCGCCGCAAAGAUCCUAUUGAGCUGCUACGAAGGAUGUUCGCUAAUCCCGAACUGCGUGGCCAUAUAAAACUCAGCGCGCGGAAAGAAUUCAACAAUGCGGGAGACCGUUGUAUAACAGAUGCCUCGUCCGCUGAGAAGAUGAUAAACCUCCAGAAGUAUAUUCCAGAGGAUGCGGUGCUACUCGCGGUCUCUCCGUAUAGCGACAAGACUGCUGUCUCCAAUGACUUGCACACAUCUGGCUGGGCCGGGCUCCUGGCCAUCAAAAAUGCUGAUCUCGAGAUGCAACGGCGCCUCGGAGUUGGGUCCGAGCUGGCAGCUUACUUUGCACAGCUCAAAGAGCAGCCAGAGCAUGGGCUGAUACGAGACACCGUCAAUUGGACGAGCCGGAAGAUGUUCCUCAUGUACCAACAGUUAACACUUUGGUUAACUCCUCUCAAGGAGGCAAGCUCAAGGGGAGUGUGGAUGACCGACCCCUAUGGGGCGCGUGUCUGCGUGUUUCCAUAUCUGCACUCCUACGUUGCCGACCUUCAGGAACAUUACUACGUUGCCUUUGUGCGAAGUGGGCGUUGCCUGCAAUGCUUAGCUGCUCCGUCCCGCCUGAAUGCUUUGGAUGUGAACUUUAAAGCGCGCACUGAGGUCUUCACAAGGCGCGUCAUUGAGCAUUUUAAGUCCGUCGAGUUGGCCGGAAACCGACAAGAGAUUGCUCGGGCAAAGAAGCUGCUAGAGGACGCUGGUGUUCCGAUUGCCAUGAAGGUCUUCGUCUUUGCCAUCAAUGGGUUGUUCGAAGAAGUCAACGGCAGUGAUCCUGUCACCGACGUUUUCGUCAGCUUCUUGGACUGGUACAUGCUGCUUACCUGCCGCAACCGCCCUCAGUACCACACCGAGAAGAGCCUGGAGGAGUGUCGAGAGCUGGGACUCAGAUUCGGACAAUCCGCUCUUGAUACCUUCGGCGAAUACCAGAAGUCCGAGUGGAACUUUAUUAAGUUCCACCAGAUCCCGCACUAUCCCGACAACAUCUGGCAGAACGGCUUGCUCAAGCACCUGGACACGGAUUCGGGAGAAAGCUUCCACGGCCAAACGUCCAAAAAGCCGUACAGAAUGUCGAACAAGAGAAACGCAGAGGGACAGAUUGUUCGCCACAAUCAACGACGGGAAAACAUAUCGGACCGCAUUUCCUUUUACGGAGGCAGUUUCGUGCGGGACCCUCCCAAAGUUCGGCACCAGACCGUGGUUUCCCGGCAGCCAGGCGGAGUGGAGACCGCCACCGACCUGCCCCGCUCCACAGAGACGCGCGAUAUUGUUGCUGCUCGGGUUGCAGCGCAACCGGAGCUGCGACAGCUGGAGCGACGUACACGUGUCUUCUUGGCGGGCGGGCUUCACGGCGUGCGAGGAGGUGGUGCCUUGCUAGUAAACCAGCCCAAUUGCCUGAAUUCCGAGGUGCACGUGGCGAACGCUGCCGCUAUCGCUCCAGGUAUUGGAGCGCGCUUCCAGCCGACGGUGAUGCACGCCCGCGCGGCGGUCUCAUUCAGCGAUGAGCGGCCGUACUACAACGACGUGGCAAUCAAAGCGGCCGAAGAUGACCCGGAAGGGCCAGAGUAUUACGGGCAACUCCGACUCUUGUUUUCUCUGGUCGAUCAGCACGGAAAGACCAGAGAGCUUGCGUUUGUUCGAUACUACAAGGUACAAAAGAGGGCAAACGGUUCGGACAGACUCGAUGCAAGGACUUGCAGGCAAUUGAAGUGGGAGAAGUAUACCUCCGGUGGACAGCAAAAAGACUUCUACGACGUCAUUGAGUUGGAUAGCAUCCUGCGAAUGGUGUACAUAGCUCCGGAUUUCGCUGACGACUCAGGGGAAAGCUUCUACUUGAGUCGAUUCAAGUGGUACAAAGUCGAGUCCUGA